AUGCUGUGCUCUGAAGAGAUGUUGGGCAUCUUGCCCAGCAAACAGUCUCAGCCUGCACAUGAGGGAGGCGCACAGCUUCACUAGUGAGGUCACAGAGCAUGCACCUGCCCCACCAUGGGGUCCAGGCAGGUGGCCGGCUAUGACCUGUACAGUGCCAAUGAUGACACAGUGCCUUCUAUGAAGAAAGCACUUGUGAAAACUGACAUUCAAAUCACUGAGGCUGCCGAGUGCUACAGAAGUGUCACGCCAUGUUCUGGUUUGUCUCCUAAACACUUUUUAGAUGUAGCACCUGGUGUCAUAGAUGAAGGCUAUGAAGGAAAUAUUGGUGUUCUAUUGUUCAAUUCCGCUAAAGGACACUUUGAAGUUAAAAGGGGUGCAUGUGUUGCACAGCACAUUUGUGAAUGGGUUUAUUAUCCAGAAAUAGAGGAAGUUCAAAGUUUCAUUGACACCAAACAGGGUUCCAAGGGCUUUGGUUCCACUGGAAAGAACUGA